AUGACUUCUUUGAGCCAUUUUCUUUUUUUGUUUCUCUUCUCCUUCUUUCUUCUAACAAGCUUGGCCUCCUCUUCCACCUCCCUUUCUAACGAAAUAUUUGAAAUAUUUGAAUCAAGUGGAUCCGCUGGUCGUGCCCUCCUUCAGACAAAAAAAUCAUGCAGCGUAGAAUUUGAGUUUCAAAAUUAUACAAUCCUCACAAGCCAGUGCAAAGGACCCCAAUUCCCGCCGGUAGCUUGUUGUAACGGUUUCAAGGACUUUGCAUGCCCUUUUGCGGAUGCUCUUAAUGACAUGGCAAGUGAUUGCGCCAUGGUCAUGUUCAACUACAUCAACAUAUAUGGAAAUUACCCACCAGGCCUGUUUGCCAACAUGUGUAGGGAAGGAAAGCUUGGUCUUGAUUGCCCCAUUGUACACGAAGCCACAAAUAAUACAAAACUAACAUGA